AUGACUACUGCUGUAAAUAAUUCCCAAAAGAAGAAUGUGAACACUAAUAAUGCUCCUUCAGGCGGAGUUCGGAAGAAAUCUGGACCGAAAUUUGAACUUUCUGAUGAGCAAAGACGUGAUAUUAAAGAAGCUUUUGAUUUGUUCGAUACCGAAAACACGGGUAAAAUUGACACAAAAGAACUUAAAGUUGCUAUCCGUGCACUUGGUUUUGAACCGAAAAAAGAAGAAAUCAAAAAAAUGAUUGCAGAAAUUGAUAAGGGUGAUGGCAAAGUGUCCUUUGAUGAUUUUCUGGAAUUAAUGACAGUAAAAAUGGCAGAAAAAGACAUAAAGGAAGAAAUAAUGAAGGCAUUUAAAUUGUUCGAUGAUGAUGAAACAGGAAAAAUUUCAUUUAAAAAUCUAAAAAGAGUAGCGCGUGAAUUGGGAGAGAACUUGACAGAUGAAGAAUUGCAUGAGAUGAUUGAUGAAGCUGAUAGAGAUGGUGAUGGUGAGAUAAAUCAAGAAGAGUUUUUACGUAUUAUGAAGAAAACAAGCCUCUAU